AUGGCGACGAGAUCAGCAUGCGCCGGCGUACUGUUUAAGUCAUCUUGGGCCCUAUCCCCAGCAAUAAGGGCCCCGACAAGGCACAUGACGUCCACUUACUGUUCUCCCACCAUUACCCAGAGCCCACAGAGAGGGAGCAUAUCAAGACCAUUGCAGCUCCACCGCUCUUCCCUGCCACCACCCCUACACCGCAGCUACACCACAUCAAGACCACUGCGCUCAACAUCUUCUUCCCAAGAAGACUUCAUAUUCAACCCGCCUCAUGCCCGGCCCCUGUCCGACAUCACAGUCGUCGCCUUGGAGCAAGUCAUCUCCAUGCCCCUUGCAACGCGCCACCUAUCGGACCUCGGUGCGCGAGUCAUCAAAAUCGAGCGUCCCGGAAUCGGCGAUUUUGUGCGUCACCACGACAAGCGCGUGCGCGGCAAGCUCUGCUCGCACUUCGUGUGGAUCAACCGAAACAAACAGUCUCUCGCCUUGGACAUCAAAGACCCCAAGGACAUGGACAUCCUCAAGAAGGUCGUGACGGAGAAAGCUGACAUAUUCGUGCAGAAUCUGCGGCCGGGGGAUGCGGCGAAGAUGGGGCUGGGGUAUGAGGAUGUGAAGAAGCUGAUGAAUGACGCGUAUCCUGGGGAGGGGAGGGGAGAUCGGCUAAUCUAUACGAGUAUCUCGGGAUAUGGGAACCAGGGCCCGUAUACUCAUAAGAAGGCGUAUGACCUGCUCAUCCAGGCGGAGGCCGGAUUGCUGAAUAUCACAGGCACAGAGGAGCAGAUGGCCAAGGUGGGGUGCUCGAUUGCAGAUAUCUCGGCGGGAAUGUAUGCCUACAGCUGCAUUAUGGCCGCGGUCCUGCAGCGGCAGAAGACCGGGAAGGGAUGUGAGAUUGACGUCUCCAUGUUGGAGAGUCUGGUCGAGUGGAUGAAUUUCCCGCUAUACUACGCUUACGAGGGCCAGCCGCGGGCGAAACGUGCGGGAGCAAGCCAUGCCGCGAUAUACCCAUACGGACCGUUCGGGACCGGCGGCGACGGCAAGGUCAUGCUCGGCGUACAGAAUGAGCGCGAGUGGAAAAUCCUCGCGACGCAGGUCCUGCAGCGAGAGGACCUCACGACGAACCCGAAGUUCCAAGACACGGCCUCUAGGAGUGAGAACCGCGAUGAGCUGGAGGCGAUCAUCACGGGUAUCUUCCAGGCGUAUUCCGCGGACGAGGUCACACAGUUGCUGGAGGAUGCUGGGAUUGCGAAUGCAAAGGUCAACGAUAUGCAGGAUGUUUGGAAUCACCCCCAGCUGAAGGCGAGGGAUCGUCUGCGAGAGGUCGAUAGUGAGGUGGGGAAGAUAAAGGCUUUCCUCCCUCCAGGGUUGAGUGCGGAUGUUGAGGCGAGGAUGGAGAGGAUCCCAAAGAUUGGAGAGGAUAACGAAAGUAUUUUGAGGGAGUUGGGAAUCAAGUCAUGA